AUGCAGUUCGGAGACUGGGACCUAAGGCCGCUCGUCGUGUUAGGACUGCUGGGACUAUUACUAAUUGCAGGUGGGUUGAAAACUUAUAAACAUAUAAUGAAAGGUUUUCCUAUAGUAUGUUGUUUAAGGUAAGGUAGAGUAGAGUAGGAGAGCGUAGGGUAGGGGAGAGUAGGGUAGGAUAAAGUAGGGUAAGCUAGGGUAUAAAAGUUUCUCCAAAAAAAGCAAGACUUGUCGUACUAUACUAUUAAGGCUAAAUAGAGAGUUGAAUAGGUUUAUCAAUUUAAGGUAACGUUCGUUUCCACGUAUUUUACCUUUUCAGAAACAAACGCCCAAGAAGAAAGACCAGACGCCUGCUCAUCGCAACAGAUUCUAACCUCACCGUGCCGUUGUUGUAAAAUGGAUUGUUGGUACGCGAUAUCAAAGGUAAUUUAUGUUAAAUUGUCAUGUAUAUGUUACUAAAACAUUGUCACCAUUGUUUCAGUAACGUAUACAAUCAACUUGGGUUUAAGGUGGUACUGUAUAGUACUGCAAGUCGUUAUGUUUAAAAGUUUGAAUGUUUGGCCAUUUUUCAAAGAACCAAUUCAUACCAUAACCCCUAUAAUACUGUUUUUGAUUACUACCAUCCUUUUCCUAUGCUCACGUAAUUGCAAUCCAGGAAGAUUCAAGUGCAAUAUUGACGUCUUACCGCUCCUCGCUUUAAAGAUCUUCCGCCUACACCUUGUUGAAAUUUAAAAAUAGACAAAAUUGAAUUACCGUAUUGUGCCAAACUUAAUAAGACGUAAAACGUUACUAGAUUUAAAACAAGUUUCGGUAACAAAUUGGCUUAGAUUUUUAGGAAAAUUGGUAUAAGUCAUCAUAAUGAUCAUUGAUACCCACAAAAAAAUUGAAAAAAAUUUUUUUGAGAAUCUCCCCCCUCCCCUCCCCUCUCAAAAAAAAUAUGCUAAGGAAGUCUAAUUCAAUAAUAAUCAAAAAAUAUUUAUUAUGUUGUUCAAAUAAUUCUGUGCCCCGCCCUAAAAAACAAAGUUUCGCAGUUAGACAGCACGGAAUUAUUUGAACAUAACAUAAUUUUAAAAAUUUUACCUAAAAUCAUAUUCGCAAAACUGUUACCUAAACUAAACAAUUUUGCCAUUUUCAGACCGCCACACACGAACUAGGCCACGUGCCCGGCCAGGCGGGCGAGAACGAGGCCUUGGCCACGCUAAAACUGAUCCGCGCCUGUAUGAUUGAGGAAUGCGCCGAACUGUGUCCGGCGCAGCGUACGCCGUUCCGGCCUCGGCGGCUGGCGCAGGACAAGUGA